CGGUAGUGGUGGUGGUACGAGUCCAGGCACCAAGUUUGAGGGCAUUAAGGCCAAAAUGAGUAGUACGGACAGCACGACGACUGGGCUUGGGCAAACCACGCGGAGUGUCUUUAAUCCGAGACUGGGCGGAGGCGGCAGUACCGUGGGCCCUGCAGGUAGCAGUGCUAAUACUAAUACGCAUACAUAUAUACAAGAACAAGACAACGAAGACAAUACAAAGAGUGUCGAGGGGGAUGAAGAAGGCAACGAGAUAGCUAAGAACGACCGCUUCGCCACAGCCGCGGCACAGGUGAUAGACAUUGACGGCAACGCACGCGCAGACUUUAUGAGUGUGCGCACCGAGGACACUGCCGAGGAGCGUGUAGGUAGUAAUAAGGAGGUAGGCGUAGAUGAGAAUACCCCGGCCGCACAACAAGGGAAAGGGGGUGAGAAUAAUACAGGGAAUGGCAUGACCAGUACCAAGCCUGACAGCAAUCGUACGAGCCAUGCGAAACGGGACGAUGAGAGCGAGGAGGGUCGUAAGCCCAAAAGUAAGGCCAAGCACGCCUUAUGACACAGUGGUGGGUAGAAAGGCCUCAGGGUCCAUGGGGCAUACAAUGUGCACCUAUGUAUGUGGCUGUAGU